UUCAAAACGCCCUGGCGCUUAACCGAGAGCCUGCUGAGUGAAUGGGCCGGUAUCUCUGCGGUGCGGUGGAGUUAACGUCGGGAAUCUGAGCGCGGCGAGCUGCAGCAGCCGGGGAAGGGGUGAGGAGAGAGUAGACAGGAAACAAAUCAUGGAGGCGGAUAUAAUAGCAGAUCUUCGAUGCAAGCUCAAAGAAGUUGAAGAAGAGCGACUAAAAGCUGCACAGUAUGGUUUACAACUAGUGGAGAGCCAGAACGAAUUGCAGAAUCAAUUGGAUAAAUGUCGUAAUGAAGUGAUGACCAUGACUGAGAAUUAUGAACAAGAAAAAUAUACUCUUCAGAGAGAAGUUGAGCUCAAGAGUCGAAUGUUAGAAAGUUUGAGCUCUGAAUGUGAAGCUAUUAAACAACAACAAAAAAUGCACCUGGAGAACUUAGAAGAACAGCUGAGCAGAAGCCAUGGGCAGGAAGUGAAUGAACUAAAAAAUAAGUUAGAAAAACUGAAAGCCGAAUUAGAUGAAGCUAGGCUUAGUGAAAAGCAGCUGAAGCACAAAGUGGAUCAUCAGAAGGAACUCCUUUCUUGCAAAUCAGAGGAAAUGCGAAUAAUGUCUGAACGUGUACACGAAAGCAUCUCUUCAGAGAUGCUGGCUCUUCAAAUUGAGCUAACUGAAAUGGAAAGUAUGAAGACCACCCUCAAAGAAGAAGUGAACGAACUACAGUACAGACAAGAACAACUAGAACUUCUUAAUACUAAUUUAAUGCGCCAGGUAGACCGGCUUAAAGAAGAAAAAGAAGAGCGAGAGAAAGAAGCAGUUUCUUACUAUAAUGCCUUAGAGAAAGCUCGUGUAGCAAAUCAGGAUCUUCAGGUGCAGCUAGACCACGCACUCCAGCAAGCCUUGGACCCUAACAGUAAAGGCAACUCUUUGUUUGCAGAGGUGGAAGAUCGAAGGGCAGCAAUGGAACGUCAGCUUAUCAGCAUGAAAGUCAAGUAUCAGUCACUGAAGAAGCAAAAUGCAUUCAACAGAGAACAGAUGCAAAGAAUGAAGUUACAGAUCGCCACAUUGCUACAAAUGAAAGGGUCUCAGGCUGAAUUUGAACAGCAGGAACGGUUACUUGCCAUGCUGGAGCAGAAGAAUGGUGAAAUUAAACAUCUCUUAGGUGAAAUUAGGAAUCUGGAGAAAUUUAAGAGUUUAUAUGAAAGUAUGGAAUCUAAGCCUUCAGCCAACUCUGUUGCUCUGGAAGAUGACACCUAUUACACAGAUUUACUUCAAAUAAAGCUUGAAAACUUAAACAAAGAAAAUGAAAGCACUAAAGGUGAAUUGUCCAUCCAGCGAAUGAAAGCAUUAUUUGAGAGCCAGCGGGCUCUGGAUAUUGAGCGAAAACUUUUUUUGAAUGAAAGGUGCCUCCAGCUUUCCCAAAGUGAAAAUAUGAAACUGAGAGCUAAACUAGAUGAGUUAAAACUGAAGUAUGAACCUGAAGAGAAAAUUGAAGUGCCUGUACUCAAAAAGAGGCGUGAGGUACUUCCUGUGGAUAUAUCCACCCCUAACGAUGUAUGUACCACCAGUGCUGUUGAGGAGGAAGUUUAUAGAUUACCACCUCAGAAAGAGGAGGUACAGUCCUGUCCUAACAAUUUAGAAGAUAACUUGCAGUUGGAAAAGACAGUUUCUGUAAGCACAUCAGGAGUCAUUCUGUCUCCUUACAAAAAUCUGUCCGUGGGUAUUCAGCCAAGGAAGGAAAAGAAAUGUGUGAAACUUAUAGGAGUUCCAGCUGAGUCGGAAGCCUUAAGUGAAAGAAGUGGAAACACCCCUAACUCUCCCAGGUUAGCUGCUGAAUCAAGGCUUCAAACAGAAGUUAAAGAAGGGAAAGAAACUGCAAGCAAAUUGGAAAAGGCAACCUGUAAGAAAUCACACCCUAUUGUAUACGUGUCCUCCAAAUCAACUCCAGAGACCCAGUGCCCUCAGCAGUAAAGACUUAAUAAGAGUAAGGUACCACUUGCCCAAAAGAUUGCUCUGGAGGUUAGUUAAGAUUGUCUUUAUCUGAAAUAUACCAUCUUGUAGGUUAUUUCCUUCUGCUCAUUGUUCCAGGAACUGGCAUUUUCAUGCUCCUUUGACCAAACAUUCAAAAUGUGGUUGUAAUUCUAACCAGGAGAGUGAUGAACUAUGAAUCACAGUGAAUAAACCAUUAGCUGAAGGAAAGUGUUAUUACAAAUUUAUUGGUUACAUUGUAUAUAGAUUUUUAAAGUACCUUCAGAGCCAUAUAUAGUUGAAAACAGAACACAUUAACUAUUAUAUUUUCCUAUGUACAUUUUUAUGAACGUAGUUUUUCACUGUGUUGUGAAAAUAGAAAACUUGGUUUAAAAAUAUAUAUUAUACUGUAACUAGAUUUUUGUCAGCGUGUAAAGCACAUAUGUUCAUCUUUGUAUUCAUAUACAUGAUUUAAAUUUUAUGUCUCAAUUACAUAAAAAAGAUAAUUUUGAAAUUUAAAAUAAAACUGCUAUAAUUUA